GUCCAGGUCCAGGUUCUCUCAGGUCUCGCAGAUCCUCAGAACCUUCAGGUGGGAGGAGGUCAGACUUCAGACCCUCCCUCGGGGCUUUUAGUCCGCUAAUUCACACAUCUACGACUUUGAUCAGAACCUGCUCGUCGCCACUGAUCCUCCCGGCCCCUCUCUUUUUUUAGCAGCUCCACACCUCCUUGGCUCGCCCCGCCAGCAGGGCGGAGCCUCUCGGGUGGUCUGAGCAGCGCCUGGCUCAGCCUGCAGUGGUGAAGCGUUGAGCCGUUCGUCCUGCCGCACCGCUCGUCCCUGGGAUCCCACCGAUGCUCCAGCCGGAUCUCCCAGCAGAUCAAAAGUGACCGCAGCCGCCGCGUCCUCCUGGAGCUCCUCUUCUCGUCUACUUGGGUCUCGGGGUCGAGCGAGCGGGCAGCUGAGAGUGCGGCGCCCCAGCAGCGAUGGCGGACAGACCGGGCGUGGCCACAGGUGGCGGAGACGACGCGGGCAGCAUCAUGGCGCUGCUGGAGCGCGUGGCGGGCCUCAUGGACAGUGUCCAGGUCACGCAGCAGCGCAUGGAGGAGCGUCAGCUGGAGCUGGAGAACACGGUGAAAACCAUCCAGACGGACGUGGUCAAGCUCACCAGCGACCACGCCAACACCAGCUCCACCGUGGACCGGCUGCUGGAGAAGACGCGCAAGGUCGGCCGCCACAUCAAGGACGUCAGGGUGCGCGUGGAGAACCAGAACCUCAGGGUGAAGAAGGUGGAGGCAACCCAGGGUGACCUGCUGGCCAAGAACAAGUUCAGGGUGGUCAUCUAUCAGGGUGACCAGGAGGUGAAGGCUGUCACGCCAGGAAACGAACCAGCGGAGUCCAGCGGCGGCGCUGCAGCCGGAGCCGAGAUGGAACCGGACAAGUUUGAGCUUCCUCCAGACUCGGAUGAAGAGUACAUGGUUGUGGAGGAGGCCGACUCCUCGUCAGCCGGCCGCAUGAAGAAGACGGGGCUGACGCGCAUCGAGAGCUUCAAAGCAACAUUCUCCAAGGAGAACAUGAGCAAGACCCGCGACAACCUGGGCACCAAGGUCAACAAACUGGGCGAGCGCAUCGUCACCGCCGAGAGGCGCGAGAAGAUCCGCCAGUCCGGCGAGCGGCUGAAGCAGUCCGGCGAGAGGUUUAAGGAGACCAUCACCAAGAACGUCCCGGCCAAGCUCAACCUGAGGAAGGAAAGGACUGUGGCCGAGGGUCAGGAAGGGGCCGAGGGGGCCACGGAGGGACACCAGCCCGUCCCCCCUCCCAAGGGCCGCAAGACCAGUCCGCGCUCCGCCGCCGCGGCCGACCAGACGGAGGAGUCCGAGGUUCCCAUGUACGACAUGAAGCAGCUGUCAUAAAGCAGGAGGUCCGGGCCGUCGCGGUGAGACCAUGGAGCAGGGGAAGGAGCUGGGGAGCGUCUGCUGGCGAGCAGCGCCGCGGCAACCAAGAGGAACGUCUUUAAACGUUGUCCAAGGACGCCAGCAGACAACCGACGGCCACUGACCCUUCUGACUGAACACCAGCGAUAAUCAACAGAUUAUGUGCUUCACUAACUCAUUUCCAUCUCGGUAAACGUCACUUUUGUUUUUUGUUCAAUAAACACUGACUUUGGAAACACGAACAGAGCUCAGCUCAAAGCUUCUCUUGUCCACGGCUGCCGUCAGCGAGGUUGAGAUGGAAUGUCUUUACGGGACGUUUGGGUCCGGAACGCGCUUGAGAGAAGAAAACGUACGAGUUUUGUCAGGAUAGAGGAAGUUCGUCCCUCUGAAGGUCUUCAUGAGUUCUUCGCUGUGACACGGGAGACGUCCCAGACCAGAGGCAGAGAACCGUUCUGGUUCUGGUUCUGGUCUGACAACAGAGAACCCGGAGAUCCCUCCAGUGUGUUCUCAAGUGGAACAUUUCCCUACGACUUUGACACCUCAGUCAGCUCAGAGCCCGUUAAAGAUCAGUUGGAUGUGGAAGUUUGCCCCAGGAAGCAUUAAGAGGAGGCACUGGUUAAGAGAUAUUAAAGCUUUAGAAGUAAUUAGUUGUGCCCACUUGUCAAAGAUAAUAAAAUGUUUCGCUGCUACAGGACAAACCCUCCCAGGAUUUGAUCGGCCGGUCAGUAAUUCAAGGCCACGCCCCUUCGCCACAUCAUCAACAUUACUACAAAGCAGUUGCAUUUCACUUACAAGUACCCGUUACUUUUACUCCCAACUCUCAAAAUGAUUUCUUUAGUGUGCCGCCGGGAAGUCCUGGGUUAGUCACGUGAACGAGGAGCAGCGGCGCUUCGGCUGCAGCCACAAAACUCCACCAGGCUGAAAGCGAAAUGACCAAGACAAGAAAGGCGGUAAAAAGAAGCUGAAGACAUUCGACCAAUCAGAACCUUUCAGUGCGGCCAGGGCACAAAUCAAAGGCUCCUAUUGGUGGUAAAAUAUCUCCAUGUUGGUUUAGUUUGUGGUGCCUAACGUGGAAAUGCAGCUCGCUUCUGUAUGCAGCCUGUGAGGAGGCGGGAUUACGUGUCCAGCGCCUUCCUGCUGAGCGAUGCAACACUUCACCCGACAAACGGGCUUUUAUUUGGAUUGUAAAGAAGCCCUGUAACCCUGUUUGUCAAUAUUUCUGCUCUGAUGAGGGAUAUUUGAGCUUUAGUUAUGGUAGCGAGUGACUGCAUGGCUGUAGUUUUAAAGCAGUUUGUGUUUGUUAAUGUUAAGAAAUAAAAGUUUACUCGAGUCAUUUCUGCAGCCAGAGUGGAUGAUGAUUGUGAAAGCUUCGUUUUAGCAGUUCAAGAGUAGCAGGAUCAUGGAGUGUAAUCGUUCUCUCGUUCUACUGUUUCUCCAUUUUCAGGUUUAGUGCCGACUUCAGGAGGCCGAGCAGUUGGAUACUGAGAAGCAUCAAGUUUUCCCUUUUACAGACUCCCUUUUACAGAGUGUCAAUCAAACAUUUUAUUUUAAAUGUGUGGGUUUAGAACAAAGUAAUAUACAGAAAUUAAUGUGUGAUUAAAGUCUGAAAUGUGUUUUAACAGAGACAGGAAACUUUCAAGUGUUUUUGUUCAAGAGCACGAGCCUGAGGAGAUGUUCUUCAGCUGUUUUGAAGGUUUUGUUGUUUUUGUGCUUUUAUAUCUAGUUUUGCUUCUUUAGGUUUUUUUUCUGCAUUCUGAGACUCUGAACUGAAUUUUGACGCUGAGUUUUUAUGUUUUCUUUUAUAACUUAGCUGAAACAUCAAAACAUGUCCUUGUGUUAAUAAUAUUAAAGUUGGGAAGCUACUGGUUAAGAUGUGUGAAUGUUCUUAAAGCCAGUCAGUAAGCCGAGUGACGGAUGCUGACCUUCAGCGCUCUCUAGUGGACACUUUUGGCGUAACGACAUCCAAUAAUAAAUUAUUCAAUCUAAAAUCA